CCCAAUCCAAUAUGGCAGCUUGCCAUAUGACGACUUUUUCGAUCACCGAAACCAUGUGCUUGUGGUGUUCCAAAACAAGGAUCAACAAAACAUGACGUAUGUCUUAAGAAUGUAUCUUAUAAGAUAUAAUUUUGGAACAAUGAGUAUAUUUUAUAGUAUUUGAUACUCAUUUAACAGCAUGAAGAAGUAUUUUUACAGUAUAUUUACUAUAAAUAAGCAUUCUAGGGUGCAAAAAGAUGACGUGAAUAUCAAUUCAAAAGGUUUCGUAAUUUCUUGAAGAUCCAUCUACAGCAAGAACAAAAAACUUGAAAUUGAUAAAUUUAUUACACCCAUAGACUAUACGAUAUUUUGGUAUUUUUUAAAUAAAAUAUAUACUUUAGUGCUUCAACAGAAUUCAGAAGAAUAUAACAAAUCCGUAAAAGAAAAUCGCUGACACGAAAAAAAAUGACAUAAACUUUUUCUUCAAAAUGCAAAUAUGAGAAAAUUUUACGUGAAUUAAACAUGAAAAUAAUUAUUAUCAUCAAAAUUUUAAAUUUAUCCUUACCGAAAUAAUAAUUUUAUCCAAGAAGCAUGUGUUGCCAUACCAAUAAAAACAACGUCAAAGCCAGAAAUCCAGAUUAGGUUCAGGCAAAACGGAGAAACGAUGUCCGGUCUGACGCGGAACGCUUAUGUCCUGUCCGGGAGUCAGCCACACCGGACUGUGGGGACAAAUCGAAAUGCUCAAGGCCAAGAGCUUUGACAACGGGCCCCAAUAGGGCCGAUGUGGGACCUAUCAUUGGAGGAGAGAGGGCCAUGCGCGCUGGAGUCCGGCAGCAGCGCGAGAUGUGAUCAUCUUCCAGGAAUCCGGCAGUGGAGAAAUCCGGAACGGCACGUACAAUUGUGCACCUCAAGAUUCCCGUAUUACAGUCGUGAUCAAGAGGAGGUUUUUGGCGUCAAAAAAAGUGCGAGGGGGUGCUUGGAACGAUUUGAUGAACGUCAAUGUGAUCAGAAAGUACAUCAAGACAGGAGGAACACCCCGGAUCGAUUUGGAGUUGAGUUAUAUCAGUUUCAAGAAGCACGCUUCAAUGCAGCUCUACAGAGUUUUCAUUAUCAAAAGUACCUAGUUUCUCUGGUGCAGAGUAUCAAGAGAUCCAUUCGACGGGGUCAUUGGUCAAGUUCUGCCAGAUACAUGUGGGUGGACAGGAACGGGAGGCCUGUCUCCCCGCCCUCCAAUCAGCACUCCAGAAGUCCCGGAUAUAAGGAUAAGCCAACGUAUAAAAAGGUGAUAGUAUCAGUGGAAGAUGGAUUAUCACUGGGUCUUAUGAUAAGAGGUGGAGCUGAAUAUGGAUUGGGAAUAUACAUCACGGGAAUUGAUGAGCCAUCAGCUGCACAUCUGGCCGGUUUAGAAUUUGGCGAUCAGAUUUUAUCUGUUAAUGACAUUGAUUUCACGCACAUCACUCAUGAUGAGGCUGUCAGUCUACUUCAGUCACUGGAAAGGAUGUCUAUGGUGGUCAGAAAUGAAGGUAAAGUGCCCCAUUCCACCAUCCCUUACUCUCCUUCAAGUGCUGGACCUUCAACCUCUGGAGCUUGGUUUGCUGAUGGCGGAAGAAGCGAGUUGUCUCGUAAAGGAAGUCCACGAAAAAGAGAUCACAAGAUGGACGACGUUUCAGCCUCCUCCACUAAUCCGAGUACAGCGGAGCGGCGCCUGGAUCGGAAAGCGAGGAAACACCUGACAGAGAGUGAGCGAAUUACUUUAGCUUAUUACUGUAAUGAAUAUGAAACUGGAGUAAUGUCUAUAGAGGAUUUCGUUCCAGUACUGUUGGAGCAACUCAAUACACCUGAGAAGCAUACACUUAUGACAGAAAUUCGAGCUUUAGUUCCUGCCGGGGAUCUUGAAAAAUUUGAUGAGCUUAUUUACCGGAGAGAAAGACUACCAAUCAAAACAAAAGAUCUGAGACCAGUAGAAAUACAUACGGAACAUGCUGAUCGGAAUAUUUCACCUGAUGAGGAUAUAUUCAGAACUUCCAGGAACAACUUUCGUACUUCCACGAGACGAAGGCAGCAGCAAGAUAAGCACCACCUAACUGUUCCAAAUGCGAGGGAACAUCCAGAGGAUAUGCACACACCCAGCGAAGACAGUGGUGUGGAUUUAGCUAAUGGGACAAUCUUUGGACACGGAAGCAGAAAGGGAAGCAGAGUAUCAACAGGUUCACGAGAUUCCAUGAACCUCGAAAUAAAAUCCCUUCAACGUAAACCGAGUCCUUCUCGUCAGUGGCGGACAAGUCCUCGGCCCAUGAUGAGGAGAUCUUUUGACGCAGUGACUAGCCUAAGAGAUGGCAAUCAAGCUACUCGAAUGAGGAGGACCACGUUUAGGAGGCACAGUAGUGGCGGUGAAGGGGUCAACCCUGAUGACAGACGACCCAGGCACAGAUCCCAUGAAGAUAGAAGGUGGAGUAUAGGCAGCGAAAUGGUCGACGCCCCUUUCGUUGAAGGUCAUCUCGAUGCUGCCAGAGCCGUGUUAUCUCGUCUGGAAGCUAUUGCCUUAACCCAACGUCACAGCUCUCCAAGACCACGAUCUCCAAGAUUAAGUCCUGUACACAUCCCUCUCUCACCCGGCACCCAACAGCAUCUUCAAGUACCCCACAUCACUGUUAGAAGACACAGAUCACUGCCUGAUCCCCAUGCUAUACAAGCGAGAAAGAAACAGCAACAAAUGGAGAGAAUGCAUCAACACAGAAGUGCUUCUGUUAGGUUGCCUGGUCAUCGAACGAUUCCAGAGGGAGAUGGAAAGUUUCGAAUCAUCGUCAAGAAAACUCGUCCACUUUUGGGGAUCGCUAUUGAAGGCGGCGUAGAUACGACACAACCUUUACCCAGAAUAAUCAGUAUUCACAACUCUGGUGCAGCUUUUGACGCCGGUGGACUAAGAGUGGGUCAUGUGAUUUUGGAAGUGGAUGGAAUCAAAAUGAGCCGAAAGCCUCACCACGAGGUUGCUCAACUGAUAGCUCACGCUUUCUACAACACUGACAGAGAUCAAGUUGAGUUCCUGGUCAUGGAGACCAAUAAAAAUGUGGAAUCAGAAGUUCGUCGAACUUCCAUUAUGGUGUUUGAUAAGCUCAACAUGGGAAUGGGAUAAAUAUACAACGUAAAUGGAUAUACUUCAGAAGUUCUGAGGAUCAGAAUUCAUCGACUCAAACCAUUUAAUACUACUAAUAAUGAAAUUGAUACACCAAUCCAUGACAAGGAAUAACAAUCUAAAUAGCUGAAGAACUGAAACAAUUUAUUGAUGCAUAAGAUUACCACUGAUGUAUCAGAUUCAGAGUAUUGGAAAAUUUCCGUCAAUGAACCAGAUCCAGUUUAUUGGAACAUUUCCGUUGAUGUAUCAUAUCUUUAAACCCUCUCUGCAAAUGUAUUUCAAGUUUGAAGGGAAUCCGAACUUUUAAGAAACACAUCACGAACAUAUCAAGAGCUUUAUUUUGUGUAUCAUGUUGUAUAAGUGUUUUUGUAUCAUACAUAUGCAUAAUCACUAUUACUGUUUUAUGUCAGCAAAACUGUUAAAUGUGCGUAAAUAUUGCAUUAAUUGAUAUUUAAAAAUGAGCCAUUUCUGUAUAUCCUAUUUUUGAAGAUAUGUUAUUUUUUUAUGAAGACUGGGUGAAAUCUAUAUAAAGGAAAAUAUCUAUUAGAGUUUUUAACUAUUAAUAUCUAUGAAAGGAAUAUUUAGUUCUUGUAUAUACUACGAAUGCUCCUAGUACUUAAGAAAGAAAUUUGAAAUUAAUAUUUCUCAGACUUAAAGUGUAUUUGAUACAUUCUUUACUGCUGUAUUUCACCCCUUUCUGUUUAAAAAUAACCCUAAAAUGAAGAACGUUUCUAGCAUUUGUUUUAAUUAUACUGAGUAAAUUUUUAUUCACAAUGUGUUUUUCAUUAAGAUGCUCAUACUGUGUCGCUUUGUUUUUAUUAACGAUAUAAAAAUAAUUUAUAUUCUGGAAAAAAACAAGUGCUGUAAAUGUCUUUAAUUCAAAAAGAGUAGGUUGUACUGAGAAAUGUGGCUUUUAGAUAAAAUGAAUUUUUUGAAAAAAUUACCAACAACCCAGAUAGCAAAGUAAGGUUUAUUUUAACUCAGCAAAAACCUUUUAAUGUAAACCUAAAAAGGCUUGUUAUGCGGUUUAUGUGUAAACAUUCUAACCUUAAAACGAGAUCUGAGACAAUCUGCUCUAUUCAACACACAUUACCC